GUGUGUGUGUGCGCGCGCGCGCUUGUGUGUUCCAGCAAUCUUUUGCAGAUGGUCUUCUUUCUGCCCUCCUCUGCAGAGGGCUGUGUGCUAGAAAAGGCUGGUGGCAGGACAACAAAAUAGAUCUUCUCCCUCACGGGGGAAACUGCCAAAAGAUUUUUAAAGCACCAGAAGCCCCUUCUUAGAAGGAAAAGCCAAGUGGGAUGAAUUGCAAAGAGGCGGACUGACCCCUGGAAAUGCAGUGUGACUGACAACGGUAGAAACAAGGGGUGUGAAACAAGCCCCAAGCAGCACGUACAGGCAUCUUCGGUGUGUCCAUCAGGUAGGAGAGAAUAAACACAGAUGGAUCAGAGGCAACUCUGUGUUUAGAGCAGGUGGUGGUUGUGUGUUCUUGGCUUUCCCUUCUUAUCAAUAAUCCUUAUUCUGGGUUUGGGAGAUUGUCGCUGAUUAGUAAUCCCAGGAAGAGAAAAUAGCCAGCAGGAGAGAAUAUAUUUUAAGAUGUAUUAUUUCUGGGCUUUUGAGGUUUGCAUGUGAUGGACAGAGGAUUAUGGAAUGGGGAACGUGGUAAAUAAAAUGGUCCUUAUAAUAAAAAUAAAAUGUCCUGAAUUUGUGUAACACCUCAAAGGGCAUAAAAUGUGUUCAUGUCUGUAAUGAUAUUUAAAAUCUGCUGCUGUUUGUGAUAGGAGAACUGAACCUCAUGCCUAGGUCUCCUGGGGCUGCUUGUCUUGCAUUCCAUGUCCUCCCUAUAGAGCAAGCUUUUCGGGAGGAGCCAAGAUACAAUUUAGCUUCUUCGUCUCUACUAUAUAUCACAUAUAUUUCAGGAAUUCCCGAAAGAGGUAAAAAUUCCUGACAGGUAAAAGUAAGCAAGAAGAGCUGAGAACACUCUGUCUUGUUGUCAAAAGAUUUUGUUUAAACACAGUCGGGACUCCAGGCAGCAGGGCAGAGCCUCUUUUUUUAUGGUUCAAAGUGCAUUUCAAGCCUGAGGUCUCUAGGAAGGUGGAGGAGGGUGGAGAUCAGAACAGUCACAGCCUUUCCGUAUCCGAGAACGGGAGGACCAAGAGUUCUCUCUGGGUACCUCCUCUCCUCUCUACCUCAUCUGCACCGGGAGCUAUCCCUGGGCAUAAGGCGAGUUAUCUGUGCAAGUCUGAUUAUCUGGGUUUAAAGAGGGCCACUUCUCAGCAAGCCCUUCCAUUUACUUGUCCUCUCCUGAGUGCGCUGCAGCAGAAAGGUGGAGCCCGAGGCACUCUGAGACCGGCAGAGCGACUCUGAUGAUUAGGCCAGUGCUCUGUCCCCUGGGGGUUCUGGCCCCUUCCUGACCCUCGGGCUCUCAGCAGAAGGUUGCUAGUCCUGGAAACUAGGCCCUUUCCACCUAAACAGAAGAAAUAAGCUUGGGCUCAGAUCCAGGAAAAUGAACGAACAAAGAAAAUGAUCCCGGAUUCCAUCAUCUGAGCAACUCAAUCCUUGGGAAUUAUUCUCACCGUGCCCUGUGCAUCCCCUGGGUCCCCUUCAAGCACUGAAGUGGACCACCGUGUGCGAUGGGAGAUGAGAGGGGCAUGAGGCGGAUGCUGUUGGAAUGCAGUCUCAGUGACAAGUUGUGUAUUGUCCGGGAGCAGCAGUAUGAGAUCAUCAUCAUCCCAACCCUCCUGGUUGGUACCUUCUUCAUCCUCCUUGGGGUCAUCCUGUGGCUUUUCAUCAGAGAACAAAGAGCUCAACAACAGUCUCCCGGCCUCCGAGGCAUUGCCCACGUGCCUCCAUCUAGGGGCCUAAGCUGGGAAGCAGCAGGACCUAGAGGAAGUGUGUUUGUACCACUUAAGGAGACAUCAGUGGAAAGCCUUCUACGAACUUCCACACAUGCCCUGGCUAAGCUGCAGGUGCCCCGGGAGCACCUCUCUGAAGUUCUGGAGCAAAUCUACAAUGGUAGCUAUGGGGCCAUCUACAGAACCAAGAUACAUACUGAGCACCCUGAGAUGUCCAAGAGCGUUGUCCUCAAGGCUUUAAAAGAACCAGCUGGGCUCCAAGAGGUGCAAGAUUUCUUAGGGCGAAUCCAAUUCUAUCAGUACCUGGGGAAGCACAAGAACCUGGUACAGCUGGAAGGCUGCUGCACAGAAGGGCUGCCGCUCUAUAUGGUGUUGGAGGAUGUGGCCCAGGGGGACCUGCUCAGCUUUCUCUGGACCUGUCGCCGGGAUGUGAUGACCAUGGAUGGCCUUCCCUAUGACCUCACAGAAAAACAAAUAUAUCACAUUGGGAAGCAGGUCCUUUUGGCUUUGGAAUUUCUCCAGGAUAAGCGUCUGUUCCAUGGGGAUGUGGCGGCCAGGAAUAUUCUGAUCCAGUGCGAUCUCACUGCUAAGCUCUGCGGACUGGGCCUGGCUUAUGAAGUCCACACCCGAGGCGCCAUCUCAUCUACUCGCAUGGUACCUCUCAAGUGGCUCGCCCCAGAACGGCUUCUGCUGAGACCAGCUAGCAUCAAAGGAGACAUCUGGUCGUUUGGGAUCCUGCUGUACGAGAUGGUGACUCUAGGGGCACCUCCGUAUCCUGAAGUCCCUCCUACCAGCAUCCUACAGCAUCUCCAAAGAAGGAAGAUCAUGAAGCGACCCAGUAGUUGCACCCACACCAUGUAUGGUCUCAUGAAGUCCUGCUGGCGUUGGAGUGAGGACAGCCGCCCCUCACUUAGAGAGCUAUGCUCACGCCUGGAAACUGCUGCUCGGACUGCAAAUGACAAGGCUGUGUUGCAAGUGCCAGAGUUGGUGGUGCCCGAACUGUACGCAGAUGUGGCAGGUGUCAGCGUGGAGAGUCUCUCCUGUAGCUACACCAUCCUUUGAAGAUCCUGGGGCAACACACAUUUUGAGGAGAUCCUAUACUCUUGGAACCAGUUCCUCCAAGAACAGAGAAAACACUUUCUAGUGGGACAUAAAGGGAGAAAUGGGACAUGGAUCCUGGAUUUUCCCCUAUACAUUUCUCUAGAAACCUGAGGUGAUGCUGGAUAAGGCUGCACACACCAUAUACCCUCGAGACUGAGAAAUACAGUUUCAUUUCUGCUAUCCCAGUCCUGAAGAUGCAGGGUAGAUGGGAUGAACCAUGUCAGUGCAAAGAGGUUUUACAAAUCUGCGGUGCUUGUCACAGCAGGCACAGGUGAGCCGGUCCCUCUCACCACAGGCUGGUUUCCGUGCUUUUAUCUAGACUACUGUAAGGUCCAGAAAACUGGAAUCAAAUGAGGGAAUAGAAAGCUGAAAAAGAAGCCGAUGAGAAGAAAAUUAAAGGUUCUAUUUGCUCAGGAGUAUAGAUGAGGACCAAGGUCAUCCUUCAGAGAGAAGGAGGAGGAAGGACAUUAAGGAAGACUUCUGAGCUCCCCCUAAGGUAUCUAUAGGUGAAAUAUGGUCCCCUUUCAUCUGAUUCCAAGAAAGGCGAACCCUGUUGGUACUAUUUUAAUCAGAAGUUGGAGGGGCCAUUUCAUGAUUAAGAACAUUCAACAUGUAUUAUUCAUCAGGCUGGCUUCCUGGUCCCUAUGAUACUAGGGUGACUGAGCCCAGAGAGUCAAUCAGAUUGAUGAUGGAUAUACAGUGUACGUGUUUAAUAAGUGGGAAAUAUGGAAAUCAAGCAAAAGUGCUCAGUAGGCCAGAGUGUCUUUAACAAGGGCUAGAAAAGGAUGUAACCUGAGAUGGAAGGAUGGUAGGUUCCGAUUUUCAAUCAUCGAAUGAUGUACUGUGAAACUUAUUUCAUUAAAUUAAUAUUUAUUGAAUGAAAGUAGGUUUUUUAGGUUGUACAGUUGCCAAAAUCUCUACAACAGGGAGGAUUAGAGUAGAUAAAUGGAAGUUAUGUCAAUAGAAAAAUUCAAGAGACAAUCUACAUUGUCAGAAAAGGGUUUCCUCAUGCAUUAAAAGGGGAUGAUACCUACCUCACAGGGUUGCUGUGAGGAUUGAAUCAGAGUAUGUAUUUGUACAUAUUAUGUGCGCAAUAAAUGUUAAUUUCCUUACU